CAACAGGAGAAAUUCGGAAUCGUUUGACGAGCAAUCACGACCAUGGAUUAUCAGAAUCGAGCUGGCUCCAAGUUUGGUGGAGGCGGUGUCGCUUCUCAACAGGCAACAAAUGCUGACCGACGUGAGCGUCUACGGCGACUUGCCCUUGAGACUAUCGAUCUCGACAAAGAUCCCUACUUUUUCAAAAACCACGUCGGCAGCUUUGAAUGUCGACUUUGCUUGACGGUACACCAGAAUGACGGCUCCUACCUCGCGCAUACUCAAGGUCGCAAACAUCAGACGAAUCUCGCCCGACGUGCCGCGAAGGAAGCGCAAUUAGGCAAGAAGCAGGAGGAAGGGUACACGGGCGCGAACGCUGUCCAGAUCAAGCGCAAUAUCUUGCACAUUGGUCUGCCGGGUUACAAAAUCACAAAGACGCGUGAUCCGAUCACACGGCAGUUUGGACUGCUGUUCCAAAUCCAGUAUCCGCAGAUAGAAGUCGGCGUUGAGCCGAAGGUGCGCUUCAUGAGCGCCUACGAGCAAAAGAUAGAGGAUCCCCCGGACAAGGAUUUCCAAUAUCUUCUUGUCGCUGCGGAGCCGUACAACACGUGUGGUUUCAAGCUACAAGCAAGAGAGAUCGACCGUCGAGAAGAGAAGUACUGGACUUGGUUCGACCAGGACAGCAAGGAAUUCUGGAUUCAGAUCACUUUCAAGACCGACCGAGAUGAGCGUUACAGCAAUGUACCGGGUCUUGCACCGGGCACACAGCGCUGAGCUCUUCAAUUGAAUAUCGCGGUGGUCGCCAGAUCUCGUCUAGAUGUAUCUGUCUCACAGUCUUAUGUGUUGCCUUGACGAAGCUACUUUCGAUCACUUUCGGACGCGGCAACAUGACUCACAAUUCAAGCCUAACUACUCAUUUGGGUCAUUACCAAGCACU